GGAAACAAAUCAUUAGUCAACAUGGCUUGGUUACACAUCAUACUUCUGCUGGUGUCGACAGUAACCUUGGCAGUGGGACAGAGAUGCACGGUUAGAAGGUGUAAACUUCCAAACUGUAGCUGUUUCAACACGAAAACACCGGGAAACUUAACCAAAAACGAAAUCCCCCAAUUCGUUAUGCUGAGUUUCGACGAUGCCGUUACCAUCAUGAAUUUCAAUAAUACUUACAAAAAGCUCUUCAUGGGUAAUUAUAAAAAUAAGCGUAGCGGUUGCAAUAUUGCCGCCACAUUCUUCGUUACUCACGAAUAUGCCGAUUAUCAGCUCUGUCACGAACUCCAUCGUUACGGUAGCGAAAUGGCUGUGCAUUCCAUUAGUCACGAAGCCAGCACAGAAAUGUGGAAAACUGCGGAUUAUGACAGAUGGGAGGACGAAAUGGUCGGAAUGAGGGAUAUUCUGUCGAAAUUUGCUUUGAUCGAUUCCGGUAAAAUAAAAGGACACAGAGCGCCCUUCUUGCAAACAGCGGGAGACGUCACUUUCGAAAUGUUAAAUAGGGAGGGUUUCGACUACGAUUCGACAAUGCCGACGUUGAAUUACGCGGGUAAUGACGAGUGCAAAGGAGAAGACGGCGAGAGCGAAGGGCCCAUGUGGCCCUACACGUUGAAUUUCGGUUACGAAGACCAAGACUGCCAGAUUGAGCCGUGUCCCGAAAAGAAAUACCCUGGUCUAUGGGAGGUGCCGUUGGUAAGUUACACUUCUGUUAAAAACACGAAUUUCAAAUGCUCCAUGGCAGAUGCUUGUACUCCGUAUCCGACAACGGAAGGCGAUACGUUCGAAUUCUUUAAAAAAAACUUUGACAGACAUUAUCAUUGCAAUAGAGCUCCUUUCCCUGUAUUUCUACACGAAGCUUGGUUGCAGAACAAAGAGCGGCACAAGGGUUAUCUCAAGUUUGUUCGAUGGCUAUUGGAGAAUGACGAUAUUUACAUAGUAACGAUACAAACGGUUCUGGAAUAUAUGAAAAAUCCCGUUAAGCUAAAGGAUUAUCGACAGGCCAAUUGUGUUACGGCAUCGUCUCUACCCCCAUCAAAAUGUUCCGGGCCACGUAAUUGCGAAUAUAAAAAUUUAGAACAGUUUUAUGGUGGCACCAGAUACAUGAAAUCCUGUAUAAGUUGUCCUUCAACCUACCCUUGGAUAAAAAAAUCCUUUUGGGAAUGAAAAUAUAUAAACAUUUCAGCUGAUGAAUGUACGCGAAAAAAAUGUUACCAUUUAAAUUUUAUUAAAGUAACUAAUUCAAGUAAUA